AUGUUGGGAAAGCAAGCAUGGCGGUUUCUGUCUAAUCCAUACAGUUUGGUAGCUCGUUUGUAUAAGGCCAAGUACUUUCCGAAAAGCUCUUUCUUUGAGGCUUCUAUUGGAAAUUGCCCCAGCUUUUGUUGGCGUAGUAUCAUGGCCGCACAAGAUUUGGUUUGUUCUGGUGCCAGGAGGAGAAUUGGUAAUGGCAAGUCUACACUCAUUUGGGGUCACCCGUGGCUUCCGGAUGAUAAUGACCCUAUGAUUCAGACUGAGAUUCCCCAGGAGCUCAAUGGUUCAACGGUUUCAGGAUUAAUUGAUCCCUCCACUAAAACGUGGGACCAGGAAAUUCUUCAAGACCUGUUUGAUCAGACUGAUGUUGCACGUAUUAUGAGUAUCCCAGUGAGCCUGGACUAUGAGGAUUCAUGGUUUUGGGCUAGGGACCCCAGGGGAUGUUAUACGGUUAAGGAGGGUUAUAGGUGCAUUAGAGGGGAGUUUACCACCCACCCGGGCACUUUUGAUAAAUGGCAAUCUAUGUGGAAAAGUAAAGCACCCCCAAAGUGGAAGUCCCUCCUAUGGAGGGCUCUCACUGAUGUCCUCCCCAUUACCCCAAACUUGAUUAUAAAGAGGGUGGAGGUAGAUCCAUCAUGCCCUAUGUGUGGUCUUGAACAUGAGAGUCUAAUGCACACUUUUAUUUUGUGUGAUUUUUCAAAGAUGGUUUGGCAUGAGUCAUCCAUUCCAACUCCUAGUUUGUUGGGUGAUUCAUUUGGCAUGUGGUUCUCUAAUCUUAUGAAUGCUCUUACGGCUGAACAGCUCCCUACAGCAAUGGCGGUUCUGUAUUUCAUUUGGCAUGCACGCAAUAAAGCAGUUUGGGACCGCUGCAUGCCCACGGCGCGAAGCACCUGGAGAAUGGCGUCUUCAGCUCUUCUUUCUUGGCGGCUGGUGCACUCUCCACAGCUGCAGGGACUCACGUCUGGAACGCUCCAGGCUGUUUCAUUUGCGGCAACAACACCUCAGCCUGCCGCCAACCAUCCCCAGCUAGCCACCAGCCAUCUCCAGUCUGCCGUCGAUCAUCCAUCUCCCCAGCUUGCCGCCAGCCAUCUCCAGCUUGCCGACGAUCACCCAUCUCCCCAGCUUGCUGCCGAUCAUCACAUCUAUUUUUUUUACGCCGGUUACCUUCGGCCUUCGAGGAAAGCUACGGCGGGUGCGGUGCUAUACUCACCAGGAGGCUCUUUUGCUGCGGCUUUCAAUACCCCGUUGCAGGACUGUUUCUCCCCGCUUAUGGCUGAAUCAAUGGCUUGUAAGGAGGUUCUCUCAUGGAUAAAAGAUCGAGGCGUGCACACGGUAGUUCUCUACACGGAUUGUGCCAGUUUACAACAGCUACUUGCAUCGGAUCAUAGGACUAUUUAUUCAUAUGUUGCUUUUCCUGUUAGUGCCUCCAAGGCAAUUAUGUCAACUUUUAAUUCUUGUUCAGUGAGGUCGGUUCCUAGAUCUGCGAAUCUAGCCGCUCACUCGCUUGCGUCGUUGGCUUUUAACCAGGCUAGCGCUCUUUUCUGGGAUUCUAUCCCACCAGACUUUAUUGCAUCUUUGAUAUAA